AUGGGAAACUCUACGAGCAGCACCGCCAGAGUCGAGUGGAAGGGACCAUUUAGCGAUAAAGAAUACGAAUGUCUGAGGACGAAAUAUAACGAAACCAUCGCGUUGGAAUUGUCGAAAGCAGCGGCAUCAGCCAAUUUACAGAUGUGGUUAGAGUUGCCGCUUCCUGCUACAGCGCCAAAAGAGUUGAUUGCUUCGUGUCGUCGUCUGGGUUCUGCUUUUUAUCAGUUGUGUCUGAAGACAGAGGAAAGUGGAGAAUCGAAUGGAAUGUUACAGAUGAAGAACUUUGCACAAGGAGUGGCGCAAUGUGUUCGAGCAUCGUCGCAGUCAAUCUGUCGGUCACUGUUUCGACUGUUUGCAGAAAAUGCUCAAGCUAAUGAAAUGACAGAGCAAGAGUUGAGUCAAAUGCUGUUUGCCUGCUUACUUAUGGCCGAAGGCGAAGAAGUUGAAGAUGCAGAUCGUGUAGCACACGUGGCAAACGCUCUUGCUCGUGGUGUUAUGCCAGCAGCUAUAGGAUCUACUCACGUGACGAGUGAUGAUUUUGUUCGAUGGAUUGGAGCUCAGUUCCCUCUUUUCUACACGAUUUUUAUGUCGUGGAUGGCGCGCAAGAGUUUCGAAUCACUGACUAAGUCGUCGUAUGAAAUGCCUCGAUUGUCCCACAAAAGCGCCAUUUUGGCCAGAUCCCAUUUUGUGGCGUUGUCCACAGUCACCACAUCACUGCAGACAUCGCUCAGUCGCCUGUACACGAGUGCACAGGAUGGUUUAAGUUUUAACCGUCUCAGCUACCACAUCUUAGGAUACUCAGGGCCAACGUUGACUGUGAUCCAGGAAGCCGAAGGAGCUGUGUUUGGUAUGUAUUGUGAUACCGAGUGGAAGGAAUCAAGCCGCUACUAUGGAGGCAAUGGAUGUUUUCUUUUUCGAAUGGAGCCAGAGAUUAGUAUUUAUCGAGUGUCUACGAGCGGCUCCAACGAAAACUACAUGUACUUGAACUCAAAGGGUUUUGCGCUUCCACGUGGACUCGGCAUCGGGGGAUCGACCGAGAAGUUUCGGCUAUUUCUGAGCGAAGAUCUAGACGAGCACAGCUACACAACUCCGAAGUGCUUGUCUUUCGAACCGGGUCGUCUGUCGUCCAGCGAGCAAUUUAUGAUUGAUGCCAUCGAGGUGUGGGGCUGUGGUGGGGCACAAGGUGCGCUUAACCAGAAAGCGCACCGUCAGGAGACGGCUAACCUGAUCAAUCGGGCGAGAAAAGUGGACAAGGCCCAGUUUGUUGGAAAUGACUUUGACAAAGAAAUGUUUUUGGGAAAGACGUUUGGCCACGGGACGGACAGAGCUCGCGUCGCCGAUGACGAGCAAUAA